UUUGGUCUUUUUGGCCUAAAACAACCGUUUCAACACUCCUUAUCUCAAAAUUUUCAACAUUUGGUCAAUGUGAACAUUUGGAAAGAGAGACCGGUUUGGCCUGCAACCAACAACAACAUCAACCUCAAAAAGAAAGAAAAAAAAAGUCAUUUGAUUUCAAGAAUGGAGAGUGUGUUCAGUGAACAAGCCUGGUCCCGCCAACCCAAUGGUCUAUGGGUUUUUUGGAGUGAACGUGAUGAUGCAGAGCAGCUUCAGAAUCACUUCUCCUUCACUACAGAUGUUGUUACUAAACGCAUGGUAAUCAAGGAAAGAGUUAAGAUUGCACUACAACAUGUAGAGAAAUUAUCCUGCAAUUAUCUUAUUCAGUACUGGGCUAGUAUUGUAAUUGAUGGCCAGACUUUCCUAACAACUUCAGAUCAGCCUUUUGGUCUUACCAGACUUGAAUACGGACUAUGUUCGUACAGGAAAAAGUGCCUGAGCCAUGCAAUUCCUGUUGAGCUGAAGAACAGUACCCAAUGUGAAAAUGACCUUGGUCCCCCCGGACGUGUGUUCAAACAUAGGUUGCCUGAACUAUGUACAGACGUGAAGAAUUACAGCCAACAAGAGUUCCCUUUACGGGAUGAUGCUGUAGCCUGGAGCAUACAAUGGUGCUAUACUGUCCCUGUUUUUGAUCCAUCUCGAGACACCUUUGUCGGGGUACUUGAGUUGGUCACCAGUCACCAAACAAAUGAAUGGAUAUUUGGAAACUCUGUCUUGCCCAUUUUCAAGAUGCUCCAGGUGGUGGAUCUUAAAUCUCCAGAUUCAUAUUGUCCGCUUGAUUUGAAAGUUUUGGAUGACCGGCAAUGUGCUCUUGGUGGAUUAUACAAGGCAAUCGAAGUGGUAUGUCAAAAACAUCAAUUUCUCUUUGCUCAGAUUUGGGUCAGUGUUGCUGAUUCAUGGUGCACUGGAAAAGUUAUCACUGUUAGACAACGACACAUUGCAAUCAACGAUAACCAAAACUUAAGUUUAUUCAAAUAUGCAAGUGGUCUUCAGUACAUAUUAGAAGGAUACGGUGUUGUUGGCAGGGCUUUCUCAUCAAAAUCUUCAUGCUUUUGCCGAGAUGUAACACGGUUGAGCAUAAUGGAAUACCCCUUGGUAACUUGUGCUCGCGAAGCUGGUUUAACUGGUUGUUUUGCAAUCUGUUUAAGUGCUCCCAUACUAGAGUUCUUCUUGCCCCCAAAUGAGCUUCUGCGUAGGAAUCUACAAGACUUCCUGAAGUUAGUUUUGGGCACGGUGAAACAACAGUUGCAACACGUUAAGGUUGCAGUCGGACAUGAUUUUGGAGAGAUGUUACCUGUUGAA